UCAUCAAUAGAAGUUUGAUAAUGUUGACACAGUGUUCAAAGCAGGUGUCAGGAUGUGACUAAUGAGUUAAGGCCUAUAGACGUCAGUGCAAAGGUUGGACUUCUCUGUUGUCUCUGAAGUUAAGCAAACACUCAUUUUGUCUUGAAAGAGGCUGAAUAAAGAGGAGAAUAAUGGGGAAAUUAUAAGUUGGCAUUAAUCAUUGAGCUCAGGUUUCAGAGGAGCCCUUCUGAGGUGUUGCUCCGAAAGGGAGAAGCACUCAGACACUGCGCUGCCAAACAAAUAGCUCAGAGGGUGAAUUCACACAGAAACUCAGUUUGAUGCUGUAAAACUUUCUUUUUAACCUGGAUUGUGAAAUCAGGCAAAAAUGAAUGCCAUAGUGGAGGCGUUUGCAUUCUUUCUUGGUUUUCUGGGCUGGUUGAUGGUUGGGAUUGCUCUGCCUAAUCGAUACUGGAGGGUGUCCACUGUGGAUGGUAAUGUUAUUACCACAUCCACCAUCUAUGAGAACCUCUGGAUGUCCUGUGCCACAGACUCAACAGGAGUCCACAACUGCCGUGACUUUCCAUCAUUACUGGCACUGAGUGGGUACAUCCAGGCCUCGAGAGCACUCAUGAUUGCAGCCAUUGUCUUUGGAACAUUUGGUCUUGUUGCGACUCUGGUUGGGAUGCAGUGCUCUAAAAUUGGAGGAGAAAAUUAUGUCCUAAAAGGAAGGAUUGCUGCCAUAGGAGGAGUGUUCUUUCUAUUGCAAGGGAUUUGCACCAUGAUCGCCGUGUCCUGGUAUGCUGCUAACAUCACACAGCAGUUUUUUGAUCAGUUUUAUCCAGGGACAAAGUAUGAGAUUGGAGAGGGCCUGUACAUUGGUUGGUCUUCAGCAACACUGGCCAUUUGUGGAGGGGCAUGUCUGCUGUUUGCAUGCAAAGGAAAACAAAAAGAUGAAAAACUGCCCUAUACGUACCAGCCAUCCUCCAGAAGUCAUGUCUUUUCAGUUAUGGCACCAUCUCAGUCUGUGCCCAGCAACUAUGGGAGAAAUGCUUAUGUUUAAAAGGUUAUAGAAAUACUUUUGUUUGCUUUUUUUUUGUUUUUUUGCUCAAUUUAUGUAAUACACAGAGGGGAGGUUCAAUAAAAAAAAAAAAUCAAACAAAUAUCUGAUUAAAUUUGUCAAAACUAUGACUUAUAGUACUGUA